GCCUUUCUACUUCUACGGAGACAUUUUUCAGCGUGAAUUCAAUACUUCCCAAAAAAGAUGUGCCAACCUGCAGUGUCACGCUAAACGAGUCACGGGUUGUCGCUUGCCAAACUUUCUGUGGGUGCUAUCCGGUGUGUGUCAGUGCAGAAUCCGCCGAGACCUAUGUUACCCCCGAGCGCUUCAUUCAGAGUUCACUUUGCCGCUGUGGCCAGUGCUACUCACAGCUUCAGCCGCAAGUAUCAAAGCACCCCUGUGCAGUUUCGACGAACACUGAGCGAUAUGUUUCACUUAAUUCUCCUCUGGCUGCUGCACCUCGUAUACUCCCUACUCGUGUCCACCUACCUCGGCAGGGCAAACGGCAAUCUAUCCUUCAGAGGAUGACCCCUCAGCAUCUGAACUUGACACAACCAUACCCGAGAAUCCCCAAUCAUUUUGUCCAUUUUUGGGGAAAAUGAGCCACAAACUGAGCGAAGAUUCGCAUAAUAGGGAAAUUAAAAUGCUCGAGCACUUCUACGGUGGACACUUACGCUCUCAACGGGCGGCUCGCAUCAUCCAGAAUGCUUAUAGGAUUUAUCGGUUGAAAAUCGAAUACGCUCGUAUGCGCAUGCAAAAAGAAGCGAAUCGAGAGCCGAACGGUUCACUUUUACACUCCAUCAAUCCAGACAAAUUUUGCCAUCGCUCGCCGAGAUUUGAUCCACGCACAUCUCAGAUCUCUGCCAUAUCUUCUGGAAGCCUCGAAGAUCUGUUUCUCGAACAAGCCUAUGUUGACUGGGCGCUGAAGGCAGCCACGGCACAAGCUACCUACGGCAUUCCGCCUGUUUCUGACGUCCCUAGCAUAGCUGCGUGUGAUGGAGCGCCGUUCGAUUUGGUUCCUUUGUGCCCUACACCUGCCUCCUACGCUAUAAAUCCUUCGGAGCAGUCAGAUAGCAGUUGUUUGAUUAAUGGACUGCUUUCCCCUCCACAGAAACAGAACACAACCUAUGUAACCAGUACUGCAUCGCCACGUGAUUUGGGACUGACGGAACAAUCGGCUUUUCAACACUCUUCAGCCCAUCUUUCAACUCUCUCCGAUAUAGCGCCUACACGUUACGACAGGCCCUGUCAUGUAACUACCUCGUUGGUUGCUGGGGCGCUUUCUUUAGGUCGAUUGGCGUCUACUGUCGAUUCACUCAAACCACCUUAUUGUACAAACAGUCCUGCUCCUGUCAUGCUAUCUUGUGAGUUACCACGACGUCGAACGUAUCCUUCUCGCGAAUCGUCAUCACCUCCAUCCACUGACAAAAGCUCCUCGAGGACCGAGGAAUCAAUCAUUACGCCGAUUAUAUCUCCGAACCAGUGGGAUCAACCUCACUUAAGAUGUCCUCAUGCAACUUCGAGAUCUACCCACAUACCAUAUGUUCAGCAUACAACCACGGAGUCUAGCCCAUUCAUGUUACCCGGAUUGAGUGUCCCCGUAUCUUCCCGUCUGGACCAACAACCUGGAUUUCAAUGCUCCUGUUCACACUGUCCUAGAUCUCAUAUUGCCCACACAUCGGUCGCAAACGCUGUUCUGCGUAAUCGCUCAACCCACCUGUACUCGGUCCCAGCUUGUGAUCGGCUAGGUAUUCAUAUUUGUCCGGCAUCAACUUCUAACCGCACAUUUCCUAAAUCCACCUCACAUUGUCAUGCAAUGUUCGGUAAAUAUCACACAAAUCACUCCUGCCGACCGAUUUUUGUCGCUGUGCCUUCCUCGAUGAUGGAGCAGUGUUAUACCCUUGACCGCGAUCUCAGUGCGCCUCUCUCCCACACUCCCUCAGCUCCAUUGGCUGUAAAAUAUACGAACUCAAACCACAUCCUCUUUCGGACUCCUUGCUAUGUGAAUCACCGAGCCCAGUCGAACGGAGCGCAAUGCUGUUCAUCAACUUCGCAUCCUCCUUCCAUCGCUUCAGUGGCUCCAAUACAUCACACCACGACCCAACUAGGCAGACAUCAGCUUCGAGUCUGGGAGAAGAGGCGAAAGCGCACGUACAGGAUCGGGUUGAACCUUUUCAACAAAUCACCGCUCAAAGGACUUGACUUUCUCAUCAAAUGGAACUUCCUGGAUUGUGCACCGGAAAGUGUCGCCCGCUUCCUUUUAACUCGCAAGGGAGUGAGUCGUGCGGCUAUUGGUGACUACCUUGGAAAUACCAAAGAUGAAAUGGCCAUGUCAACAACACG